UACUGCUACCCCACCAUGGACUUCUUGAUGAGUGGCCUGGCGGCCUGCGGGGCCUGCUUGUUCACCAACCCCCUGGAAGUGGUAAAGACCAGGAUGCAGUUGCAGGGGGAACUGCGGGCCCCCGGCACCUACCAGCGGCACUACCGAAACGUCUUCCAUGCCUUCAUCACCAUUGGCAAGGUGGAUGGCCCGGCUGCGCUGCAGAAGGGACUGGCCCCUGCUCUCUUAUAUCAGUUCCUGAUGAAUGGCAUCCGCUUGGGCACCUACGGGCUGGCUGAGGCUGGGGGCUACCUGCACACGGCGGAAGGCGCCCUCAGCCGUCCCCGCAGCGCCGCAGCUGGGGCCCUGGCUGGGGUCAUGGGAGCCUACUUGGGGAGCCCCAUCUACAUGGUGAAGACACACCUACAGGCACAGGCGGCCUCAGAAAUCGCUGUGGGUCACCAGUAUAAGCAUCAGGGCAUGUUUCAGGCGCUAAGCGAGAUUGGCCAGAAACAUGGGCUGGUGGGGUUGUGGCGCGGGGCCCUGGGCGGCCUGCCCCGAGUUAUCAUCGGUUCCUCCACCCAGCUGUGCACCUUCUCGUCCACCAAGGACCUCAUCACUCAGUGGGAGAUAUUUCCGCCCCAGAGCUGGAAGGUGGCUCUGGUGGCUGCCAUGGUGAGUGGCAUCGCAGUGGUCCUGGCCAUGACACCCUUUGAUGUGGUCAGCACGAGGCUCUACAACCAGCCCACUGAUGCCCGGGGCAAGGGCCUGAUGUACCGGGGGAUACUGGAUGCCCUUCUACAGACCGCUCGGACAGAGGGCGUCUUUGGCAUGUACAAGGGUAUAGGUGCCUCCUACUUCCGCCUUGGCCCCCACACUAUCCUUUCCCUCUUCUUCUGGGACCAGUUACGCACCCUCUACAACACAUACACCAAAUGACACCAGGCACUCUUGCACACACAACCAAAUCAGCACUCCUUGGACACUUCUGCCUCCACUCCUGUGUCCUGGCAACUUCUGACCAGGUGACCCUUCAUCCCUCCAAGGGGGACAGCCAACUCCACUCCCCGUCUGAUUUUCUCAGGGUUGAAUCACUACAAGGGACAGUCUCCCUCCUUUCCUCGGGUGUCCCUUUAAACCUUCCCUCCCCCUCCUCCUGGACAUGUCACACCCUCCCCCCUUCCUCAGGGCUGAACCAGUCACUCCAAAGUUUUCCCUCCUUUUGUUUGGACGGCCUUGGGUCCCUUCUGAUCCUAUGCACAAACUUCUUUAACUCCCCACUCCAAGACCAAAGGGAACUGAGGGGACCUA